AUGACCCGCACAGAUACAGAGUACGAGGCCGUGGUCAUUGGCGCAGGCCCUUCCGGCAUUGCUGCCGCCUGCGAGCUCAAACGCCGUAUCGGCCUCACCAACAUCAAGAUCUUUGAGCGUGGGGCCAGGUUCGGCGGCACCUGGUUCCACAACAGGUACCCCGGAGCCGCGUGCGACGUACCUCCUCGUCUCUACUCUUUUUCCUUCUACCAGAAAAAGAAUUGGAAGGACUUCAUGGCUAGGCAGCCCGAGAUGGAAAGCUAUCUCCAGGAGGCUGCCCAAGCAUUUGGACUCGACAAGAACGCUCACUUCAACGCCGACGUCUACUCGGCUGAGUGGAUCGAGGAAAAGACGCACUGGAGGGUCAAGUACCGCUCUGUUGAUGGCGACGAGCACGGCGUCGUCACUACGCGCGUGCUUGUCAACGGCUCCGGAGCGCUCAGCGUGCCACGCGAUUGCGAUGUCGACGGAUGGCAGAGCUUCAAGGGUCCUCUCUUCCACUCUGCCAAGUGGGACACGUCGGUCGAUCUUACGGGCAAAGACGUUGUCGUGCUGGGCAACGGCUGCUCGGCCACACAGAUCGUGCCUUCGAUCGCCAAACGAGUCAAGUCGGUCACCCAGGUCGUGCGCGCAAAGCAUUGGUACGCCCCUACUCCAGAGAACCCCUUCGGAAACCCUAUCUUCCGCUGGCUCGAGCGCCACAUCCCCGGCUUUGUAGGGCUCGAACGAACCAUCUUCACCCUCUUCCUCGACAUCCACUUCAUCCAAGCCUGGAAUAAGGAGGGCAAGGGCGCACGCGAGCGCUUCGCUAAGAACUCGACUCUGUACGUGUCGACCGUAGCUCCUGAAAGGUACCACCACCUGCUCAUGCCCACGCAGGAAGAGCUCAAGGUGGCCUGCAAACGUCGAGUGUUCGACGACGCCUACAUUCCGUGUCUGAACCGAGACAACGUCGAGCUCACCAAGGAUCAAGCCGUCAAGAUCACCGAGAACGAGGUGAUCCUCCAGUCGGGACGAAGGCUCAAGGCCGAUGUCAUCAUCCUUGCGUCUGGAUUCAAGACGGGCGAUACUGCGGUGCAGAUGAGGGUGACAGGCCGCAACGGCAAGGAGCUCAACGAAGUGUGGAAGAAAGGAGGUGCGCCGCAAGCAUAUCGUUCGACCAUCUGCCACGACUUCCCCAACCUGGCGCUCAUGUGGGGACCCAACACCGCCACUGGCCAUUUCUCUGCGAUCUUCUCGAUCGAGAGCUCGGUGCGAUUCAUGUGCACCAUCUUCAAACCCCUCUUCCUGGCUGGUCCAAAGCAUUUGUCGCUUCUCGAACGAUCCGCAGGCCACACGGUCGACGUCAAGCCCGAGGCGCAGGACAAGGAGGAUGCCAUGAUCCGUCACCAGAUGGACGGUCUCAUCUACACGUCCGGUUGCAAGGGAUGGUACACCAACUCCAACGGACGAGUUUCGACGCUCUACCCUGGUUUCCAACUCACCUUUGCCCGCAGGAGCGACUACCCGGUCGCCGCCGAUCUCACCUACACCGGUCUGCCUCCUUCCACACGACCGAGCGCAUACUGGACCUACCUCCAGCAGAUCGCGUCUUUCCUGAGGAUUGGAGACGUGCCAGAAUACCGUCAAGCUUACCUAAAGAGGAGGUUGUGGAUCGUACGACACCUGCUCGACCCUCUGUUCAUGGGUGUGUACAACGUCAGUAUACAGCUGCUGCUGGUGCUCGUGUGGAUUGCAGACAAGGGUCUGUUCUACACUCGAGGCGCAAAGGACUUUGAAAAAGUCAAGCAGCAGUACUUGAUGUCCGCCGAGUAA